AUGCGGAUCGAAUCGAUGUCGGGAGUGACCAAGGAGAAGGAGGAGGAGGAGGCCGCAGCUGCAGGUGGUCCAGGGGGGCUCGGCACCAGAUCCAGGACCGGGACCGGGAUCGGGGGAGAUCCGGGAGGCGGCAUAGACCUGCUGGCGGCGUUGCAGCUGCACAACACUUCGAGGCAGGGUGUCACGCAGGUGCCAGGGUUAGUCAGGCUGAAGCCUGCCUACUAUCUUCAGGGUGAGGAGAGGGAGCUUCGGUUAAAUGAGGCGAGCUUCGAACGCGCGGCCGCGCUACUCCGGCGGGUUCCGGAAUUCACCGUGGCCGCGGCUUUGCAGCAGGAGGAGGCCAACUCUGGCACCAUCAUCGCCUUUUCUCACGGUAACAAUAGAUACUUGGAGCUGCAAAGCAGCGGCCGCAAAGACGAGCUUCGUCUGCACUACGUCUCCCGGCGUGACGGAGCAGUGCACGUGGAAGCGUUUCCGUUCAGGCUAGCCGACGGAGCAUGGCACAGAGUCGCCCUGAGCAUAAGUGGCUCGCAGGUCGAGCUGCUGGUCGACUGCCAUCCCCUCUACAGGCGACUUCUGCACCCGGGCCCGCCCGACACGAACUUCACUCUACCUCAGCUACAGCUCUGGGUAGGCCAGAGAAACGCCAAGCACUUCCUCUUCAAGGGUGCUUUGCAGGAUGUUAAACUAAUUCCGGGAGCCCACGGCUACCUCUCGCAGUGCCCCCAGCUGGAUUCGUCCUGUCCAACUUGCGGCCAAUUUUCCAUAUUGCAAAACACCGUCGAGCAGCUGAUGCACAAUCUGAACGAGCUGACUCGGAGGCUAGCUGCUGCAGAGGGUAGGAUAAGUAAGGUAGAGGAGUGCGAGUGCCAAAAGUCUUGCCGCGCCAACGGGACGGUGCACGAAGACGGUGCUACUUGGGAAAAGGGCUGCCAACAGUGUUCCUGCGUCCACGGAGAGAUCGAGUGUCGACCGACCCCUUGUGCGCCGGUCACCUGCAAGAACCCCGUCGUACCUCAAGGACAAUGCUGCCCCGUGUGUCUGAAGCAGUGCUACUUACACGGAGUAAUAUACGACCACGGUGAGAAGGUCUCGCCGAAACAGUGCGUCGAGUGCGAUUGCUUCGACGGCAGCUUCACCUGCCAGCGUUUCGACACCGAAACGAGGUGUCCGCCCCUUCCUUGCCCACCGAGCGAGCAGAUAAGCGUCGCCGAGGAGUGCUGCAAAUUUUGUCCAGGGGUGGAUUACUGCGCGAAGGGCCACAAGUGUCAUGCGAAUGCAUCUUGCCUGAAUCUCCAGACCACCUACGCCUGCCACUGCGAUAUCGGUUUCCAGGGGGAUGGUCAUAAUUGCCAUGACGUCGACGAGUGUAAACAGCAAGGCGGAUCGGACGGCCACCAUUGCAACGCCAACACGCGUUGCGUCAACGUCGUGGGUUCUUACACGUGCGAGUGCCUUCCGGGCUAUCACAGGGUGGACAAGUUCAAUUGCGCGGAGCUCGACGAGUGCGCGACAGGUCGGCAUUCUUGCGACGAGCACGCGACCUGCUUCAACACCGCCGGCAGCUAUUACUGCGUCUGCAAAGAGGGAUACUCCGGAGACGGUUACACCUGCAAACCCGUUUGCAAUCAAACCUGCCAGAACGGGGGAGAGUGCGUCGCUCCUGGGAAAUGUUCCUGUCGUCGCGGCUACAUCGGCAGCAGCUGCGAGCUCGACCUGGACGAGUGCGCCAGCGACCUGCACCGGUGCCACCAGUCCUCGACUUGCUUCAACAUGCCGGGUUGGUAUUACUGCCGGUGCAAGCCCGGAUACCGAAGCGCACUCCACGACACUACUCAGGGUACCCAGUGCCUCGACAUCGACGAGUGCAACGACCAGUCUACCGAGAGGAGACACACGUGCCACCCGACCGCAAGGUGUGUCAACACGGACGGCGGUUACCGGUGCGUCUGUCAGGAAGAACACGCUGCCCAGGACUGCAGGCUCAGUUGUUGGUUCGAGGGCAAAGAAGUCCAGAAUGGCGAGACCCUGGCUCCCUCCGGGAACCCGUGCAGACGUUGCACUUGUACAGACGGUGUAAUUACGUGCAAGGAGCCCACGUGUGACUGCAGCGUACCCGGCAGCCGCAGGGACAAGUGCUGCCCGCAGUGCGACCCCUCGGCCUCCUGCAGGCACCAGGAACUGCACCACCUCGUCUUCAGGAGCGGAGAGCGUUGGAUUUAUCAGUGUCAGACUUGCGAGUGUCUGUACGGCGAGAUAGACUGCUGGCAGAUGGAGUGCCCGCCAGUGACGUGCUCGAACCCCGUCACCGAGGAUGGCGACUGUUGUCCCCGCUGCGAGGACGACCCUUGCGCGAGGGAGGUCUCGGCCAACGGCACGUUCCUCGCCGUUCCCAACCGACCUCGACCUUGUAGCUACGCGGGCAUCGUGCACGACAGUGGGAGCUCCUGGCAAGACCCCCACGACAAGUGCACCACCUGCGAGUGCAAGGUGCCGUACUGCGCCCAAUUGGUGAGCAAUAGCGCGUGUUGUGUGCAUCGGACGGGCAGCUCUGCUGCAGCUACGAUUACAGCUGCGCUGGCGAUCUGGGCGCUGGGCCGGGGCCAGGGCGCCCGCUGGUCGCCGGGACGCUGGGCCUACCGGGUGCUGCGAGGUCUACUGAGGCGGUGGGUGCACCGGAAGGAGCGGUACCAACGGUCCCCUCGUCCCCAAGGAGCGCCACCCUCUCGCUGGAGCCCCCUGCGAGAGACCAAGCCGCAGGCGCAGGCGCUCAGGGCGACGGCGUCGCGCGCACUACUACUCGAAAAUACCAAUGCUACUACUACUAUUACCGCUACUACUAACCACUACUACCACUACUACCACUACUACCACUACUACUAA